UCAGUUCUCAUUUUGUUGCUCGUUCAAACGAAAUCAAACCGAUAGCCAUGUUCGUCGCUCGCUCCCUCGUUGCCACCCCCGCUCGCGCCAUCUCGAUGCGCGCCGCCGCUCUCGCUCCUUCCAAGGCUGCCGCUGCCAAGCCGGCUGCCAAAAAGGCUGUGGUCGCCGCACCUGCCGCCAAGGGCGGGAAGCCGCUCAACUCCUACGCUAAGUUCACGAAGGAGAACUACCACCGCAUCAAGGCUACCCUCCCUGAAGGCACUUCAUUCGGUGACGUCGCCCGCGCUGUCGGCGCCGCCUACCAGCAGACCAAGAAGUAAAAACAAAGCCAGGCACACGGGCUUGCAUGGCCACUGUCCCCGAUGUGAUUACUCGAGACGUGUCUUGCUACCGAACUGACAUGUGUUUUGCGGCAUGACUGGAUUGUUGUUCUUCUUCUGCGUUCUGGGUCACUGUUUCAAAACCAAAAAAAUCAGUGUUUUCAAACAAAAA